GAGCAGCUGGAGAACCCGGGUUUAGGGCCGGGCGGGCAGCGGGAGAUGAUGGAGCAGUUGGAGAAUCCGGCUUUGGGGCCGGGCGGGCAGCAGGAGGUGGUGGAGCAGCUGGAGAACCCGGCUUUGGGGCCGGGCGGGCAGCGGGAAGUGGUGGAGCAGCUGGAAGACUCGGCCGUGGGCCGGGGCGGGCAGCAAGAGGUGGUGGAACAGCUGGACAGCCUGACCGUGGAGCCGGGAGGGCAGCGAGAGCUAGUGGAGGAGCUGGAGAGCCUGGCCGUGGGGCCUGGCGAGAAGCGGGAGGUGGUGGAGCAGCUGGAGGACCUGGCCAUGGAGCCGGGAGGGCAGCUGGGGAAUCCGGCUUUGGGGCCGGGUGGGCAGCGGGAGGUAGUGGAGCAGCUGGAGAACCUGGCCGUGGAGCCGGGAGGGCAGCGAGAGGUGAUGGGGCAGCUGGAGGACCCGGCAGUGGAGCUGGGCGGGCAGCUGGAGAACCUGGCAGUGGAGCCGGGCGGGCAGCGGGAGGUGGUGGAACAAUUGGAGAACCUGGCCGUGGAGCCGGCCGGGCAGCGGGAGGUGGUGGAACAAUUGGAGAACCUGGCCGUGGAGCCGGCCGGGCAGCUGGGGAGCCCGACUUUGGAGCCGGGCGGGCAGCGAGAGGUGGUGGAGGAGAUGGAGAGCCUGGCCGUGGGGCCGGACGGGCAGCGAGAGGUGGUGGAGGAGAUGGAGAGCCUGGCCGUGGAGCUGGGUGGGCAGCUGGAGAACCUGGCUGAGGAGCCGGUCGGGCAGCGGGAAAUGGUGGAGGAGAUGGAGUGCCUGGCUGAGGAGCCAGGCGGCCAGCGGGAAGUGGUGGAACAGCUGGAGAGCCUGGCCGUGGAGCCGGGAGGGCAGCUGGAAGUGGUGGAGAAGCUGGAGAGCCUGGCCGUGGAGCCGGGAGAGCAGCUGGAAGUGGUGGAGGAGCUGGAGAGCCUGGCCGUGGAGCCGGGCGGGCAGCGGGCGGCUGCCCAGGAGAUGGUGCGGAGCCCUGCGGAAGGCGGCGGGGAAGCCCAGGCCCCUCUGCCCCCAGCCGCGGGACCGCGCCGCUCGCCGCCGCCCGCCUGGCCCCGCUCUCCCGCUGCCGCCGUGACCUCGUCAGACUCGGACAGUGAUUCGGAUUCAGAUAGUUCAUCAUCUACACUCUUCUCUUCAUCUUCAUCUUCAUCUUCAGCAGUAUCUGAUGAAGAUUAUCAUCCAAAUGAGAAGGAUAAUAGAUCUUACUGUCCUAGGACAAAGGAUGAGUUACCUAUUGAGAAAUUGCCUCCUGUUGAAGACUUAUCAAUAAUUCUUCCAGAUAAUGUUGAACUGAAGCUUUUUGGGACAGUUUCCAGUGUCAUUGAGCAGCUAGUAAUAAUUGAAUCACUGAAAGGCCUACCUCCAGUAAAUGAGGAAAGCAUAAUUUUUAAAGAAGAUCGGCAAGCAGUAGGAAAGAUAUUUGAGAUAUUUGGUCCUGUUUCACAUCCUUUUUAUGUGAUAAGAUUUAACAGCUCUGAGCAUAUCAAAGAGAAAGGUAUUAAUGUGCAAGAUAGCAUGUAUUUUGCUCCAUCAGUAGAGGACUUCACCCAGUAUAUAUUUGCAGAAAAACUAAAACAGGAAAAAGGUUCAGAUGCGUCUUGGAAGAAUGACCAAGAACCACCACCUGAAGUUUUGGAUUUCAGUGAUGAUGAAGAAGAAAGAGAGGCAAAACAGAAGAAAAAGAAACCUCAAAGUCAGGGAAGGAAGAAAGUCCGAUCAGAAACACUUCCACCAAGUGGGAAUAAAGAACUUCAUCACUCAGUGCAACAGCCUGCUUCAAGUUUCUCAAGGGGAUACCAUGGCAGAGGGUUCUCCAGGGGUCUGUUUCCUCCUCCAUCAGGCCCUCGAGGGUUUUUCAGACCACACGUAAGACCACCACCACUAUACUUCUCAGACUGGAGGAUGCACCAGGAACCACCAGUGUUCCCACCACCUCACAGAAGAGAAAAUCCAAUGAUGCAACAGUAUGGCUUUCCUCCUCCAGACUUUGGUUAUGUCAGUGAUUGGCACCAAUUCCACCCUCCACCUUCAAAUAUGAAUAUGAUGUGGCCAGGCCCAAACAUGUACAAUUCAUCCUACUCAUUUCUGCCACCACCACCUCCGCCACCGCCGCCACCACCUCCCCCUCCAGGCAGCCAUCCUCCUCAGUAUAGGCCUUACUGAGAUUCCAUACAGGUCCCUGUAGAGCACUGCAGUUUACAGGGGAAUGCAGCUUGCCAGGACUGCAUUCCCUUAUUCUGGAGAUGCUUUCUUUUCCUGCAGCAGUAGAACAAGUGCGGAGCUUUGUGGGACAUCUGUAGGAAAUUAUUUUUUUCUGUGUAUGUUUUCUGUUUCCAAAAAGAAAUUUAUAUUAUAAAAGUAACUGAAUAUUAAGUAAUAGUUUAUUUUUAUAUCUGCUAUUUUAAGAUGAUAAAUAAAAGCCUUUUGGAGAUUGGUA